ACGGUCUUGAUAACUUUUGUUACUCUUUCGUUCUUGAUUACAAUUAAUUAGAGUAAUUUACUGGGCAUACGAGUGUUCUUAAUUGCUUCAGUUUAAAUGUGUGCUGUGUUGAUUUUAUUAUGCUGGGAUAACGAAUAAGAAGACCUGCAUAGCCUGCAAAAAUUAAUAAAAAAAAUUAAAAACCGUGUGCUUCUUGGUAUUUUCGUUUGCUUAGCCGUUUUGGUAUUUUCUACAUAAAAUGACUGAAUACAAACUAGUAGUAGUUGGAGCAGGUGGUGUCGGCAAAUCAGCUUUGACCAUACAAUUAAUCCAAAAUCACUUCGUCGACGAAUACGACCCUACCAUUGAAGACUCCUAUCGAAAACAAGUAGUCAUCGAUGGGGAAACGUGUUUACUGGAUAUUUUGGAUACGGCAGGACAGGAAGAAUACAGUGCCAUGCGAGACCAGUACAUGAGGACAGGGGAAGGUUUCCUUUUGGUUUUCGCCGUUAAUUCAGCUAAAAGUUUCGAAGACAUUGGAACAUACAGGGAACAAAUUAAAAGGGUUAAAGAUGCCGAAGUCGUACCAAUGGUACUCGUAGGAAACAAAUGCGACCUCACUUCGUGGGCUGUAGACAUGAACCAAGCCAGAGAGGUGGCGCGGCAGUACGGGAUCCCGUUCGUGGAGACGUCGGCGAAGACCAGGAUGGGUGUGGACGAGGCAUUUUACACGUUAGUUAGAGAAAUACGUAAGGACAAAACGAGAAGCGGUAAACGCCAGCACAGGUACAUCGGCGGCCACGGUCGUGUUCCUUUUAAGUUGCGAUGCACCAUCCUUUAAGACAGACUCAUCGUUUCGAUGACCAGCAAAAAAAUUUAAAAAAAUGGGAUCGUGUUUUGCUUCGCAUUUUUCUCCUCUGUGAAAGUGUGAUAGUGUAAAAAGUAAUAGGGGGGAGCGACGCUUCACUCUUCUCCCCCGAUUGUUAUAUCAUUUGACAAUUCGUGUGCGUGUUUCCAUAAUUCCAGUGUGCGAAAAUGUGUAAGAGGAAGCUUAUGAAAGAAGUUUUUUUAUGUACCACGUUUUGCUUUUAGUUCAAGUGUGUCUUUUCUGCUCAGUAUAUUCUUACUUGUCGAUUCUUAAAUUUGCUGUAAAUACUUUUUAGAUAUUAUAUUGAAAAAGCUUCGGAAACAUUUUUCGUCUCUUUGCACAAAUUUUUGUUUUAAAGAGGAUAAAUACACGGUUUUAUAUAUGUCAGAUAUUAAAAUUUUAUAUGUAUAUUCUGAAUGUGAUGUAUAUUUUAUUGAUAGUUUUAUUUAGUUCUGACGAGAAAUUUGUACAGUUGCGCAACAUUUUUGGCGAGAAAAGUUGAUAUUAAGAUUAUUGUUUCUAACGGAUUUCCUUUUAAUUAUGUAAUAUCUCAGGAAUAGCAUAUCAUGUAUAGUUUGCGCACAAAUUUGUAUGUGCCUCAAAGAGAACUCGUUCUCUUCGUUUUUUGUUGAUAUUAAUGUAGUUAUCCUCUUUAAUGAGAAUUUUUUGUCAUGUUUCUGGAUACGAUGAAUAAACUAAUCGCUCAUCUGCCUCCCAAUUGAACCAGUUCGUUUUGUUUUCGUUUUAUUCCUCGUAUUCUGGCAUAAAGUAUAGUUAACUUCAAGCAAUGAUCAAUCGUUAAAGAAAUAUAACCAAGUUUAAGCUUAAUCUUGGUCUUGACAUGUUAUUCCCCGUUUUUUCAUAUGAGAUUUUUCUUAAUGUUCUACUAAUCUAGUUUUAAUUUUGCCUUCAUAUAUUAUACAAAAAGAAGAAAAAACAAAAUAAAAAUAUAUGUAGCAAUUUAGUUUAUAGAUAUGUCUACUAAAAUUCUCUUAUUAAUAAAAUGUUAAAUAUUUA